AUGUCAGUUGUGCUGCCGCUGUGGGCGGCUCCGGCCCAGGCCGGCCGCCAUCGCACGGCCCGCCGCCAGGUUAUGGGCCGCCGCCGGGCGGCCCGCCGCCGCAUCCCAGCGGCCCGCCAGGGCACCCACCAGGGCCGUACGACGGCGGCCCGCCCCCAGACAGGCAGUACGACGGACCCCCCGCCAGGCCGUACGACGGCAGGCCGCCGCCCGACGGCCGACCGCCGUACGACGCCCGGCCGCCGUACGACGGCAGGCCGCCUUACGACGGCUACGGGCCGCCCCCGGGGUACGGGCCGCCCCCCGGCGGGCCGCCGCCUGGGUACGGGCCGCCCCCUGGUGGACCUCCGCCCUACGGCCAACCGCCGCACGGAGGCAUGCCUCCGCCGGGCUACGGCCCGCCGCCCGGGGGGCCGCCGCCGGGCUACGGGGAGUACGGCCCGCCGCCGGGCUACGGCCCGCCGCCCCCAG